UACAUAUAACAUAAGAUGGAAAGUCGCUUUUCCCUCGAGAAAGUAUAGACAAGAUAAUUAAUGGUUGCCAAACUUGUUUAAGAUUAAAUGCUAUUUAAACUAUGGGUGUCAAUUCGGUUUCGGUUUAAACCUAAAAAUAAAUGAUACGAAGUUUAAAGGUUUAGGUUUUCUAUAUCAAACCAUUUUGCAAAACUUAAUGGUUUCUACUUUUCAGUCUCAAGUCGAUUAACAAAAAACCAAAAGCAUAUCAUGACUGUUGCAAGUGAGGUGUCGAUUUUUUUUCCUUCUUCUGUCGUUCGGUUUGAUAAACCCAUUAUCUAAUCCGACUUUGAAGAACUUAUUUACCUUGAAUUUCAACUUUUCCUUCUCAACGUCUUGCUUAACCAAAACGAUCGAGGAACCCUAAUUUACUAUACUAUAGCCCACAAGGAAAACAGGCAUGUGAAAAUCACUCUGGGGGCAGACAAUUUAAUUAGUAUGAGAUUGGUCCCUAUAGCUAUCUUUUCAAUUAAUUAUCGUACUUCCUUAUUACUAAGUACAAUGACUCCUUAAUUACUUGGACUAAUCUUCACUUCCUUUCUUCCUUCUAAUCUAAUCACAGCCACUCAAGAAGAAGCUGCCACGGCGUACGACAUGGCGGCAAUAGAGUACCGAGGCCUUAACGCCGUCACAAACUUCGACCUCAGCCGUUACAUCAAAUGGCUCAAACCCAAACAAACCGGAAUAACCGAAGGCGGUACCGACCUUAAUCACGGCCAAAACCCUAACCCUACACUACCCAACUCCCCGCCCAACCUCGGGCUCAACAACUUCUUCCAGACCCAACCACCACAACCGAACCACCAACCCCCGCGGCCCAGCCCGAUCGAACCAAUGGUCCAACCUAUCAGCAGGCCGGCCAACACCACGUCCGCCCUGGGCCUCCUCCUCCAGUCCUCCAAGUUCAAGGAAAUGAUGGAGAUGACGUCAGCAACCGACCACCACCACCACCAUCAACCGGCUCCGGCGACCGUGACGAGCCUCGAGCUCGAGCCGCCGCAGUGCAGCUUCCCGGAGGACAUCCAGACCUACUUCGGGUCCCAGGACUCGACGAGCAGCUACGGCGGAGACGGCGGCGGCGGUAGCCAUGACGACAUGAUCUUCGGCGACAUCAACUCGUUCGUCCCACCGAUGUUCCAUUGCGAUUUCUGACGAUGCAUAGAAUAUCGUUUUGACGAACGGUGGAUCGUGGUCGCCGGCCGGCGGACGAUGACGUUAAAUUUCAAUCCACGUAGGUUAUUUGAAAAAAAAAAUUCUAUUUAUUAAUUACUUACAGAUUAAUCACAGGUUAAAAUUAUUGAUGAAUUAUUAGGGUUUUUACAUUUGUGAAUACGGGACCGUUUAAGUAUGGUCUCUGGCCUUCCUCUCAUUUCUGAAGGGUGAAGAGUUUUAGAAGGUUAUCAACACAUUUAUCCAAAACUAUAGGGUAUGAUUAGCCAAAAAUAUUACAGAAACUAUAGAAGAUUUAUAUGGGUCUAGAUUAUUUAUUUAGUUCAUUUAUUUUGUGGAUCAAAACAACAUGGAGAAGAAAAAAAAAGGAAAAUCCAUUUAUAGUGUUCACUUCACUCUCUUUUAUUUGAUUAAUUCGUUUGUAAUUUUUUUUUUCUAUAGAAUAAUAUACGAGAUGUAAUUUUUGUUCUGUCUUUUGGGAAAAUUAAUAAAAUGUGGAGUGAUUUCUCUCCAAUAGUCCAAUAUAUCUUAUUUUCAUUUUGUAUUAUGAUUUUUAGUUUGAUAGUCAUUGCAAAGGGAAAAAAUACGAGAAAGAUAUGAGGGUGACUGGAAACGAAAAAAUUUGGGUUGAGUUUUACUGGAAAGAGAGAUGAGCAUAAGGGAUGAAAUGGUUUGCAAGAACCAAAAGUUAAGUUGGCGAAAUGGGAGCAAAAAAUGAUGAUAAUCAAUAUCAAGAAGAGCAAUAUUCAUCAUCAAUAUCGGCUAGACUAUUUGUGCAUGACUUAUCCAAGAUUGUUCUUCCACCUUUGGGUGUUUCAACCUAAACCCAUGAUCCAUGGAGAUCUAGAGGAUGGAUCAUUUAUUUUCUCCCCUUAAUUCAAAAUACAGGCAAAUAAAGUUUACUUUCAAUCCACUUCUUCUCGAGAGCUGUUCGAGUUUGUGUUCUGUCGAGAGAGAGUAUGUUGAUGUAACUUGAAUCGGAUUAUCAGCCGCUACGAUUGGAAGUCAUAGGGAGCUCACUGUCCGAUCAACGAGUGGGUUCCAGGGGCCCACGACUUAUGGGCUCAAAGUUAUUUGGGUUCGUGUUACGGGCCUGGUUGUAACUGCUUUCUCUUUACCAUAUUGGAUUAGGGUUAAUCUUUGAAGAAGUACUAUAAAUACUUCUCAUACUUCUCUGUAAUCUGUAUCUCCUCAAAGUAUAGUGAAACUGACUCUUUGCUAUCCGGGAGCUAGCUAACACACGUUGUGUUAGUGAACCACGUAAAUCGUGUGUCGUGUCUGUGUGCACUUUCGUUUUUUCUUGUAUUGUCAAAUCCUCCAAUUUCCUGACCCGCGCAGAGAAACAGUCGUGACAGAGUAUAUAGAUAACACAUGUUGUUCCUCAUUAUGAUCUGUAGACAUGCUUAGAACAAAACUUCUCAUCGAGAUGUUGAUGAUUGCAGAUGCUGAGAGGCAUUUAUGGUGGUGUGCCGGUGUUGGCACGCAUUCCCGCCUCUUUCUCAUCAUAGGGGGCUCUACCUUGUCGACACUGAAAUCUAUGUGUUUUUCGCCACCGACAUCGCUCUGAACUUCUUCGAUGCUUCCGUCGAUUCCAAAAUUAAUCUAACGGUUUACGAUUCGAGAAGGAUAACAAAGAGGUAUGUAAUAUCGAUCACUUGAUCUCAACUAAGGAUCAUUCUUUUGUGAUGAAAUUCAAGAUAGAUAGUUUGAUUAACUAAUGGUAUUAUUAUCAUUAUUAUAUGUUCCCAUCAACAUGGUUUUUCAUGGAUGUGGCAUCUACCAUCCCUUACAAUGCCUUGUACCUCUUGUUCACGGGCAAGCAACAAGUAUGGUUGUGUUAUUCGCUUCUCGGGUUGUUUCGAUUUUGGCGAUUGGUCCGAGUUGACCAAUUCUUCAACAAUAAUAUUAUUAAAUAAAGUAUAACAAAAUUAUGUUUUUUCA